CUGGGGGAUUGUGGUCUCCUAUCGCGUGCUGUCCGCGGAGAACAAGCUAGAGUUUCGCCGAGGAGGCGGGCUAAAGCUAAAGCCGGGAAGACUGAUUGGGCCGUGCAUGUGAGUGACAGGCCUCGGAAAACCAUGUCUGCUAAUAAGGGAAUGGCCAUAGGCAUUGACCUGGGUACCACGUACUCGUGCGUGGGCGUGUUCCAGCAUGGCAAGGUGGAGAUCAUCGCCAAUGACCAGGGCAACCGCACGACCCCCAGCUAUGUGGCGUUCACCGACACAGAACGGCUCAUUGGAGACGCGGCAAAGAACCAGGUGGCCAUGAAUCCCCAGAACACUGUCUUUGAUGCCAAACGUCUGAUUGGCAGGAAGUUUAAUGACCCUGUUGUACAAUCUGAUAUGAAACUUUGGCCAUUUCAAGUGAUCAAUGAGGGAGGCAAGCCUAAGGUGCUGGUGUCCUAUAAAGGAGAGAAGAAAGCUUUCUACCCUGAGGAAAUCUCUUCAAUGGUACUGACUAAGAUGAAGGAGACUGCAGAGGCUUUUUUGGGUCACUCUGUCACUAAUGCUGUGAUCACUGUGCCCGCCUACUUCAACGACUCACAGCGCCAGGCCACCAAGGACGCAGGUGUGAUUGCGGGACUCAAUGUGCUGAGGAUCAUCAAUGAGCCCACAGCUGCUGCCAUCGCCUAUGGUUUAGACAAAGCAGGCCAAGGCGAGCGACAUGUUCUCAUCUUUGACCUGGGUGGCGGCACGUUCGACGUGUCCAUCCUGACUAUCGACGACGGCAUCUUCGAGGUGAAGGCCACAGCAGGCGACACGCACCUGGGUGGCGAGGACUUCGACAACCGGCUGGUGAGCCACUUUGUGGAGGAGUUCAAGAGGAAGCACAAGAAGGACAUCAGCCAGAACAAGCGUGCCGUGAGGCGGCUGCGCACAGCCUGUGAGAGGGCCAAGAGGACCCUGUCGUCAAGCACACAGGCCAACCUGGAGAUCGAUUCUCUGUUUGAGGGCAUCGACUUCUACACGUCCAUCACCAGAGCCCGGUUUGAAGAGUUGUGUGCAGACCUGUUCCGUGGCACCCUGGAACCCGUGGAAAAAUCUCUUCGAGAUGCCAAGAUGGACAAGGCUAAGAUCCAUGACAUUGUUUUAGUGGGUGGCUCCACGCGCAUCCCUAAGGUGCAGAGACUGCUUCAGGACUAUUUUAAUGGACGUGAUCUCAACAAGAGCAUCAACCCUGACGAGGCAGUGGCCUACGGGGCAGCGGUGCAGGCGGCUAUUUUAAUGGGUGACAAGUCUGAAAAGGUACAGGAUCUGCUCUUGUUGGACGUGACACCCCUGUCUCUAGGACUGGAGACAGCGGGCGGCGUGAUGACCAUCCUCAUCAAGCGCAACUCCACCAUCCCCACGAAGCAGACGCAGAUCUUCACCACGUACUCGGACAACCAGCCUGGAGUGCUGAUCCAGGUGUACGAGGGCGAGAGGGCCAUGACGCGCGACAACAACCUGCUGGGGCGCUUUGACCUUACUGGAAUACCUCCUGCACCCAGAGGAGUUCCUCAGAUAGAGGUGACCUUUGACAUCGAUGCCAAUGGUAUUCUCAAUGUUACAGCUAUGGACAAGAGCACGGGCAAAGCCAAUAAGAUCACCAUCACCAACGACAAGGGCCGCCUGAGCAAGGAGGAGAUUGAGCGCAUGGUGUUGGAUGCUGAGAAAUAUAAAGCUGAGGAUGAGAGCCAGAGGGAUAAAAUCGCUGCUAAAAAUGCCUUAGAAUCCUAUGCUUUUAACAUGAAGAGCGCUGUGAGUGAUGAAGGUCUGAAGGGCAAGAUCAGUGAGUCUGAUAAGAAGAAAAUCCUAGACAAAUGCAAUGAGACCCUUUCCUGGCUGGAGGCCAACCAACUGGCUGAGAAAGAUGAAUUUGAUCACAAGAGAAAGGAAUUGGAGCAGAUGUGUAAUCCUGUCAUCACAAAACUUUAUCAGGGAGGAUGUACUGGGCCUACCUGUGGAACAGGGUACACCCCGGAAAGACCCACAGGCCCUACCAUUGAAGAAGUAGAUUAAUCCUUUCUCGAGCUGGAGGGUGCUAGGGUGACUCUAGGUGAAUUUUAUUCCUUUCAUCUUCAAACAUCGUUAACAAUUCUUGAAUUGAAUGGAUUUGAACCUAAUUGACCAUCCUCUGGAAUUAUGAUGGAGAAGUCUCAUAUACCAUCUUUUGAUACACCAACAUCUUACCUAUAAUCCUGAAAUCAACCUUUAGGAAAUUGAAGCCCCUCUUUGAACCAACUAAUGAGUUGGAAUGUCUGAUAUUUAUUUCCAGCCA